UGGAUCGUCGUAUUUUAAACCACGAGGCAAAGACAAUUUACUUGUGUGUAAAAUUAUCAUUAGCACUGCUGUAUUUCACAUUUUCACUGUUGAUAACAUGAAUUUACGAGGCAAGUCUGCAUCAACAUUGAUGCAUCAUCUACACUAUUCCUCCUAAAGAAGCUGUGACAGCUGCACAGAUGUGAUGGUUCCACUGCAGCUCAUGGACGAUCUGAAGUAACUGAACCUGUCCAAUAAGUGUAAUUUAAACAAGUUUUUUCAGAACUGUGGUUCUUGUGCAGUAAAAUAAAAUACAAACCUUCUAAAUCACAGAAGUGUAUUCACUCAAACAUAGAAUGUACUGGUGCAGCUGGAAGUGAGUGGACGAAAACAGGAAACAAUGGCAUGUUUUGUUUUUCACAGUGCGUGACGGCUGUGUUUGUGUGUUUUUGCAGUAGAACCAAAGCAAAUUGUUCAAAUACAAACGUACAGUAAAAGGUACAACAGACGCUUUCUGGGAAUAUGACGUCCUCCACACGGAUGUGUCAUGGUGGUAAUACAGAGGUCAAACUCCACCCUUACGCAUAAAUAGGAAGGACUGAGACCAUCUCUUUCACUGGAAGUGGAGAAGCUCAGGAGAGACACCACUGUUUCCUGUACCUGCUGCAUUUUUAGUCUCAUCAUGGCUUCUAGUGCAGAGGAUGAUCUCUUCUGUCCCAUCUGUCAUGACAUCUACAAAGCUCCUGUUCUUCUGUCCUGUGGCCACAGCUUCUGCAGAGACUGUCUGAAGAGAUGGUGGAGGGAGAAAAUAACCCAGGAGUGUCCAGUCUGUAAGAGGAGAUCUUCCAAGAAGGAGCCGUCUGUCAGUCUGGUGAUAAAGAACCUGUGUGAGGCCUUUCUGCAGGACAGAGCUCAGAGAUCUUCAGAGACUCUCUGCAGUCUGCACGCAGACAGCCUCAGGCUGUUCCAUCAGGACCAUCAGCAGCCAGUGUGUGUCGUCUGCAGAGAUUCAGAAAGACACACCAACCACAGAUUCAGACCCAUUGAUGAAGCUACACGACAACAGAAGAAGGAACUUCAGAAAACCCUGGAGUUUUUAAAAGACAGGUUAAAGGUUCUUGAACAAGCUGAAAAGGAGUGUGACCAAACUGUUGAAGACAUUAAGGUCCAGACCCGACACACAGAGACACAGAUUAAGGAGCAGUUUAAGAAGCUUCACCGCUUUCUAGAAGAGGAAGAGGAGGCCAGGAUGGCUGCACUGAGGGAGGAAGAGGAGCAGAAGACUCAGAGGAUGAAGGACAAGAUGGAGGCUCUGAGCAGAGACAUAGCAGCUCUGUCAGACACAGUCAGAGCCACAGAGGAGGAGCUGAGAGCUGAAGACGUCUCCUUCCUGCUCAACUACAAGGCUGCAGUGGAAAGAGUCCAGCAGCGCCCCCUGCUGGAGGAUCCACAGCUGCCCUCAGGAGCUCUGAUAGACCAGGCCAAACAUCUGGGCAACCUGAGCUUCAACAUCUGGAACAGGAUGAAGGACGUGGUCUUCUACACUCCUGUGGUUCUGGAUCCAAACACUGCUCAUCCAGAACUGAUCCUGUCUGAAGAUCUGACCAGUGUGAGACGAGGAGACAAACAGCCGCUUCCUGAGAAUCCAGAGAGGUUUGAUAAAUACUGGUCUGUUCUGGGCUCUGAGGGUUUUAACUCAGGGACUCACAGCUGGGUUGUUGAUGUUCGUGAAAAUACAAGAUGGGGACUGGGUGUGUUAGCAGAAUCUGUCCGAAAGAAAGGAUUCAUUUCAUCUGGACUAUGGAGAAUAGGUUUCUAUGGAGGUAAAUACUCUGCAUGUUCACCACCAGCUUUACCAGUGGUUCUGAAAAUCCAGAAGAGGUUCCAUAGGAUCAGAGUGGAUCUGGACUGCAAUAAGGGAAAACUGUCGUUCUCUGAUCCCGACACUAACACACGCAUACACACCUUUAGACACACUUUCACCGGGAAGCUGUUACCAUACGUCAACACUUUGGACAACGUCCCUGUGAAGAUUUUACCAGUGACGGUGUCUGCCACCGUUGAGCAGAGCAGUAAGAGCAAGAGAGGGUAAUUAUAAUGCAGCCGAAGCUGCUGAGCUCGUAAUAAUCAUAUAGGUUUUAUUCUCUAUAUGAAGAAGAGUUUAAUUGAAUUAAAUUAAAUGUCCCUGCUUUUUCAUCUUUAUUUCUUCAGGAUGUUGAACUGUUGAUCCUUUCAUGUAUUACACUUACUCUUUUGAGCUUUUAAAUGACCAUGUUAUGAGCUUUAUCAAUGGCUGCAUGCAACACCGAACGCUGCUUGCUGUAAAAUGUAUGUCUAUGUGACAACAUAUGUAAACAUGAAGUAUAUUAUAUUGUGAUUAAUGAA